UCUGCUCCUGACACCAUGGCCGCCACCACCACCAGCUUCCGUCAGUUCUCCACCUCCGGCUCCCUCAAGGGCCUGGGCUUGCCCACCGGGGGCUUCUCCCGGGUGUCCACGGUCCGCGUGGGGGGCGCCUGCCGGGCCCCCAGCAGCAACAUGUCGGUCACGUCGUCCCGCUUCCUGGCGGGCAUGGGGGGCGGCUACGGCGGGGGCUACUCCUGCAGCCUGGGUGGGGGCUACGGCCCUGGCCACAGCGUGUCGGACGCCCUGCUGGGGGGCGGCGAGAAGGAGACCAUGCAGAACCUCAACGACCGCCUGGCCUCCUACCUGGAGAAGGUGCGCGCCCUGGAGGAGGCCAACGCCGACCUGGAGGUCAAGAUCCGGGACUGGUACAAGAAGCAGGGCCCCGAGCCGACCCGUGACUACAGUCACUACUUCAAGGCCAUCGAGGAGCUCAAGAGCAAGAUCCUGGCCGCCACCAUCGACAACGCCAGCCUGGUGCUGCAGAUCGACAACGCCCGCCUGGCCGCCGACGACUUCCGCACCAAGUACGAGAUGGAGCUGAACCUGCGCAUGAGCGUGGAGGGCGACACCAAUGGCCUGCGCCGGGUGCUGGAUGAGCUGACCCUGGCCCGGGCCGACCUGGAAAUGCAGAUCGAGAACCUGAAGGAGGAGCUGGCCUACCUGAGGAAGAACCACGAGGAGGAGAUGAACGCCCUGCGCGGCCAGGUGGGCGGGGACGUGAGCGUGGAGAUGGACGCCGCCCCGGGCGUGGACCUGAGCCGCAUCCUGAACGAGAUGCGCGACCAGUACGAGAAGAUCGCGGAGAAGAACCGCAAGGACGCCGAGGACUGGUUCUUCACCAAGACGGAGGAGCUGAACCGCGAGGUGGCCACCAACACGGAGGCCCUGCAGAGCCACCGGACGGAGAUCUCCGAGCUGCGCCGCUCCGUGCAGAACCUGGAGAUUGAGCUGCAGUCCCAGCUCAGCAUGAAAGCGUCGCUGGAGGGCAGCCUGGCGGAGACCGAGGCGCGCUACGGGGCGCAGCUGGCCCAGCUGCAGGGGCUCAUCGGCAGCGUCGAGCAGCAGCUGGGCGAGCUGCGCUGCGACAUGGAGCGGCAGAACCACGAGUACCAGGUGCUGCUGGACGUGAAGACGCGGCUGGAGCAGGAGAUCGCCACCUACCGCCGCCUGCUGGAGGGCGAGGACGCCCAGUGA